UUUGUUUUUUUGCCUUACUGGGGAUUUUGCCUGCUUAAAGUUCUCUUGGAGAAUCUGUUUUUGGUUGGUAAUAAUUGGCUAUCUGAGGCCAAUGCUUAUGAUAUCUUUAUGAAUCUCACUCUCAAUUUUCUGCUGUACUGUCAAUUAUUCAUUAGUCCAGAGAUGGAAAGGCACCUUCAAAAGUCUUCCAACCUGGGGAAUCCCACUGAUUGUGAUGAUGCAAAGUAUGUCUCGGGCCUCAGUACCAUUCUUGUUGCCACGAUUCAGGAAGCAAAAGACAGGAUUUCUCAGAUAGAAUAUAUUUUCUGCAGUCAGCUCUUCCCUAAUUUCCAAUCAAAAUCUAAAAGCCUUCAGAAAAUUUAUUCCGAUGCCAAGAAAGCAGCAGAAGAUGCAUUCAAAGAGAGAGAAAAUAAUCUCAAACUCCAAAUAGAAAGUCUGCAACUUGAAAAGCUAGCAGCCCUUGAAGAGAACCAAGCUCUAAAGCUUGAGAUGGAAAAGCCAUCAAAGGACCGUGAAGGGAAGACAAACCAGUUACUUGCCGAAGUAAAAAGUCAACAACUCAAGAUUGAUGAGCUAGAGUGGAAGCUUAAGAAGUCAUCUGUGGAGAUUGAUGAGGGAAUGGAAUUGCAAAAUAGAUUACUCCAAUUGGUUCAAUCGAAAGCAUCUGCUAUCGUACAUGUAGGAAAACAGCUGAAAGAGUAUGAAGAAAAGACAAAUGAGCUUCUUUCUGAAGUGGCUAGGCUUCAGGAAAAAGUUGAUGAGCUCCAAGAGGAGCUUAGAAGAAAGACUGAGAAAGUAGCAGAGGGAAAGGAGUUGCAAGAAAAUUUAUUCAAAAAGAUUGCGUCACUUGGCUCGGAAAUUCUGGCUAAUGAACAGAAACUGACUGAUAAUGGAAAAGAGAAAAAAUCACUUAUGAGCAAAUUGGAAUGUUUGGAGGAUAAUGCUAGUAAACUUCAAGAGGAACUUGAAAAAAAGACUUGUGAAGUUGAGGAGGGAAGAAAAUUACAAAACCAAUUACUUCAACAAAUUGAUUUGAAUAACACGGAAAUGUCAAAGAACAAACAGCAGUUGCAGGAGUGUGAGAAAGAGAAGAAGCUGCUUCUGGCCAAAGUAACCGUUUUAGAAGGGAAAAUUAAUGAGUUGCAGGUAAGUCUUAGAGGAAAGAGCAGUGAGGUGGCAGAAGGAAGGGAUUCAUAUAAAAAGUUACUUCAACAAAUUGACAAGAAAACCUCUGAGUUACUGGCUGAGAAGAAGAGAAGAAUGGAAAAUAUUAAUUCUUACAAAAAGCUGAAAUCUCAAUACAACUUCCUCUGCUUGAGGUUUGGUCUUACCCCGGAGAAUAUGCUCCCCCAAAGUGAUUCGUUGAGGCAUAAUCAGGUUUCAGUAACUUCCCGCGAUCCUGCAAACAAAGUUUUAGACACUUUUGUAGCUCCUUGUGACACAAAUAAAGUGAUGUACGACAAUUGUUUUAGUGGAAGCUCGGAGGAUGAGAAAGGAGCCAAAUUAGUUGAACCCAUGAGCUCUGGCUCUCCAGCUUCCUGUUUCCCUGUUGCACCAUAUCUGUCCAAUGUAAGAUCUGCCCCAGUAGCUGGUUCAAAAAGGCCAGCAUCUCGUUGGAGAGAUACAAGGUCAGGUCAAUGCCAAGGUGGGCCUGAACCAUAUGACGAUUUUCUUGCUACUCCUUUAGAGAACAUCAGAGGAAACUUGAACAAAGCCAUGAAGGAACAAGUUCGAGAUUCUCCAGUCCCUAUUCAGAAAGACGGGAAUUUCGACUACUCAGAUGAUGAAACACAAGAUAUGAAUGUUGAAUGCUGCCCACAAAAGCAGCAGAUGGCAGUUCCAAUGGCUGGAAGAAAAGGUUUCAAAUAUGUUGAAACAGUAAGAAAGAAAGCUGAUCGUGAAAACUUGAAAGGAAUUGAAUGCAAGCAGUGUAAGAAGUUUUAUGAUGCUGUACUACCUGAUGAUGGGGGAUCAGACACCAGUGGUAAUCAAGGGAAUUUCCGCUGCGAACAUCAUGAAGGUGUUUCUAGGCAUCGGUAUAAGUAUGCUCCUCCUAUGACCCCUGAAGGAUUUUGGAAUAUUGGAUUUGAAUCUGAAAUGUCAUAGCAUUCUUGAGCUAAAGUUUUUUCAUAGCAUUGUUGGUCCAGUAUGAACCAAAAGAGGGAACACUACCUAAAAGGUGGACCAUACACAACCAUAGUUUCAAAAUGAUCCUUCAAGAAUAUCCACCAGAAUUUACCCUUAGUCUCAUAUAGCUUUGAGUUGCAUUCAACUGCAUAUUCUUAUUAUUUUAACUUCUGUUGUAUCAUCCAGGCAUGUACCCGGUUACUUUCCCUAUUCUUCAAAUAAAUAUUUUCUGGUCAAGAGAUAAAUGUAUUGCAUAGCCAAUACUAAAGAAUCAAAUAAUUUAGAAAUUACUUGAUUCCUAAAUUGGGUAGUUAGAGUUUUCUAUACAAUGUCUGAGGUGUAAAACUCCUA